GAGGUAAUAUUUUGCACCCCAUGCGCUCGCAGAGAACGGCCCCGGGCGCCCAGGCCAGACACCCCCAGCAGCGGGGCGGCCAUUUUGCCCCCAGGCCGGCCGGGCGCGAGGCCCACAUCCCCUCCGCGGCGCUUCCCGGCAGCAAACGCUUAGAAAAAUCGAAUAUCGGGAUAAAACGCUGUCUCCCCGCUCAGCGAGGCAAUACCCGGGCCGCCCCGCGGGCCUGGGCCGCCGCCAUUUCCGUGCGGCGGGGGGCGGAGCUGGGCCGCGCCGAGCCUGGCGAUGGCGGCAGCGGGCUCGGGAUCGCGAUCGCUGCCCGCUGCGGCGGCGCGGCUAGGCCGCUCUAUGGCGGCCGCCCCAGCGGCUCGCCUGGAGAGCGUGCGGGCAGUGACGGGUCUGCUCCGGGAGGCGCAGCCCAGAGAAAGGGCAGAAGAAAGUAUAUUUCAGGAUCUUCUCAAAAUCCUGACCAAAGCCUUGAAUGAAAUUGAGCAGGCCUACAAGGACUCCUGUGAACUGCUGGAUUUAGACACCUGUCUGUUGCUCAUAGCAGAAUGCUUCAGAUGUCUGAGGAAUGCCUGUGUUGAGUGUGCCAAGAAUCAAGAUGUCAUGAGGAACUUGGGUCUCAUCACUACAUCCGUCCGUCUGAUCAAACUGCUUGAUGGAAUACAAAUCAAAGAAGAACCGUUUCUGACUGCUUUUCGUUGUAGCCUCCAGUUUCUUGGAAACAUUGCAGCAGGAAAUGGAGAUUCCCAGAAUAGCAUUUGGAAGUGUGCUUUCCCAGAUCUCUUCUUGACCUGCUUAACUUACAGCGAUGAGAAAAUUGUUGCCUAUUGUUGUAUGGUCUUGUUUACCUGCCUUAAUUCAGAGAAAGUGAGAGAACUACUGGAUCCUGAGAACUUGACUGUGGCUCUUCGUGUCCUGAAAGUCUACAAAGAGCAGUUGGAGUCUGAGUGGUCGUUCCUGAUUGUUACAGACCAUUUGCUGAAAUGUCCAGAGCUGGUAAAAGUCCUCUAUGCCAAACUGAGCAAUCAAGAAAGAGUUACUUUGUUAGAGCUGAUAAUGUCAAAAGUGAGUGAGAAGAACUCAGUUACCAGUGAAGAAAUGAAUGUGUUCAUCAGAAUUGCUGACUUCCUUGCAAGCUGUUUCCGAGAUAAAUGUGAAGCUGUACUCAAGUUAACAUCUGCAGCAGAUGCAGAAGAUGAGGAAGCCCUGGUUACAGUUCGACUUCUUGAUGUUCUUUGUGAAAUGACAUCAAACAACGGCCAACUAGAGUGUCUACAGGCUUUGCCUGGUUUACUUGAAACAGCAAUAGAUAUCCUGAGAUUAACUCAUCUUGCUGGGAAACAGGCUGUAAAUAUUUUCACUGCUACACAUGCAAUGACAGGGCAAGAAGAAAUUUCACAUCCAGCUGUGGGUUUUAAAUCUCAUCUCAUUCGUUUGAUUGGAAAUUUGUGUUACAAAAGUAAGGGAAACCAAGACAAGGUAUAUGAGUUAGAUGGCAUUCCCCUGAUCCUGGAUAACUGCAGCAUUGAUGACAACAAUCCUUUUGUGAACCAGUGGGCAGUAUAUGCUAUCCGAAAUCUCACUGAACAAAAUGAGAGAAACCAAGAGCUUAUUGCACGGAUGGAGGAGAAAGGAUUGGCCGACAAUUCAGUCCUUGAGCAUAUGGGUUUAGAGAUAGAGAAACAAGAUGAUAAGUUACUUCUGAGAUCUGUCAGAAAAAAGCCUUCGUGAACAAAAAAUUAAGAACAGUCGAGUCAUUAAAAGAUUUCUCACUUGAAAUAUUUUCCCUGCUGAAACAAUCAAGGCUUCUUCAGUUUUAUUUCCAGUCGGUUGGAUUCAUUCUGUUCAUUCUCAGAGAAAUCACCAUACAACUGUUCUCCCUCACUGUUGUAAACAAAAGGACACUUACACUUUUUCUAAAUACAUAGUGCAUUUUUACAGUAUAGUAAUUUACAGUAUACAGCAUAGUACAUUUUUUUCCAAAUACAUGUCAUACCUUGUCCUGGUAGUCAAGAAAUGUGAAUGAAUUUAUGGAAAAAAUCCUUCUUUUCAGAUGAUUGAAAUUUCAUUACCUUCUCAUUUCAUUAAUAGAAAGAUGUCAUGCAUGCGAUAUUGAGUUGUUACAAUUUCCAUGAACCUGAAGAUAACUAUCAUUAAAAACACAGCAAAAA